CAGUUUACAUUGAAGAAGAUGUUGCGCGGCCACGAUCUUCCCGUGAACACCGUGGCUGUCAGCCAUGAUGGUCUGACAUUGCUCACAGGCGCUGACGAUGGACAUGUUAUUGUUUGGGAUCUCGAGACUGCGCGCCAGAUACAGGACAUAUCAUGCGUGUUUCAUGGCCAAGUGGUUUGCAUAUGCUGGAUUGAUCUUGGCAAGGGUGACAAUCUGGCUUUCAUCAUUGGCUGCGCCGAUGGCAGCCUGCAGGUUUAUCAGAGAGUGGACUUGAAGGCCCCCUUCGCAUACUGUUCUAUGACGGUUGGCCACAAAGCCUUCGUUCAAAACAUUAGCUAUGAUCACAGUAGUGGUCGCAUCGCCAGUGUUGGCAGGGGCACAAUUCAGCUGUGGAAGUUGACCACAGGCUGUUUGGAGAAGAUUCCUAUGGACUUUGAACAGGAGGGAGUAAUGGUGCAGAGCGUUCACUUUUUAGACAAUGGAACCAACAUUAUUCUUUGUCUCUGCGAGUUGCAUGAAGUACUAUGCUACAAUGUGGACCCUUGGAAUCUGCAGUGGGCUAAGCAGAUCCCAACUCGCAUCGGUCAUUCUAUGCUCUCUUCCGAUGAGCAGUCUCUGUUCAUCUCGAACCUUCUUUCUGGCGUUGAUCAAUACAGACUGCCAUCCAUGAAGCAAACUCGUUCGUAUUCCUAUCCAAUUUUACACAACUACAUGAUGCAAGUCAGCCUCUUCGACAACAAGGUUGUUAUGGGCAGGGAUGAUGGUUUUGCACGAGUAUUUGACAUCAGGACUGGGCAAUUAACUCAGAUGCUCGACCAUUCCCAUGGUGAGCGACGCGCAGUGGCUUAG